ACAAAAGUUUCUGGGCAGAGUUGAACGGUGGAAGCCCGACGAGGGCAACAAGGGACGCCGGUCACUUUACUGGACAGCACCGGGAGACUCACCGACGAGGAAACAUGCCUCUGCGGCUGGACAUCAAGCGGAAGCUGACCGCCCGGUCAGACCGGGUGAAGAGUGCCGACCUGCACCCCACCGAGCCCUGGAUGGUGGCGAGCCUCUACAGCGGCACCGUGGUGGUCUGGAACCACGAGACGCAGAUGAUGGUGAAAACCUUCGAGCUGUGUGACCUGCCCGUCAGAGUGGCCAAGUUCGUGGCCAGGAAGCACUGGGUGGUCGCCGGAGCAGACGACAUGCAGAUCCGCGUGUUCAACUACAACACGCUGGAGCGGGUCCACAUGUUCGAGGCCCACGCCGACUACAUCCGCUCCAUCGUGGUGCACCCGACGCAGCCCUACAUCCUCACGAGCAGCGACGACAUGUUGAUCAAGCUGUGGGACUGGGACAGGAAGUGGUCGUGCAGUCAGGUGUUUGAGGGACACACUCACUACGUCAUGCAGAUCGUCAUCAACCCCAAAGACAACAACCAGUUCGCCAGCGCCUCUCUGGACCGAACCGUUAAGGUGUGGCAGCUGGGCUCCAGGACCCCCAACUUCACCCUGGAGGGCCACGAGAAGGGGGUGAACUGCAUCGACUACUACGGCGGGGGGGACAAGCCGUACCUCAUAUCGGGGGCCGACGACCGCCUGGUGAAGAUCUGGGAUUACCAGAACAAAACCUGUGUCCAGACCCUGGAGGGUCACGCCCAGAACGUGACCUGCGUCUGUUUCCACCCGGAGCUGCCGAUCAUCCUCACGGGCUCCGAGGACGGCACCGUGCGAGUGUGGCACUCCAACACCUACCGGCUGGAGAACACGCUCAACUACGGCAUGGAGCGGGUGUGGUGCAUCUGCAGCCAGCCCGGCUCCAACAGCGUGGCCCUGGGCUACGACGAAGGCAGCAUCAUCAUCAAGCUGGGCCGCGAGGAGCCGGCCAUGUCCAUGGACGCCAGCGGGAAGGUCAUGUGGGCUCGCCACUCCGAGGUGCAGCAGGCCAACCUGAAGUCCAUGGGCGGGGCCGAGGUCCGGGACGGCGAGCGGCUGCCGCUCGGCGUCAAGGACAUGGGCAGCUGUGAGAUCUUCCCCCAGACCAUCCAGCACAGCCCCAACGGGAGGUUCGUGGUGGUGUGCGGCGACGGGGAGUACAUCAUCUUCACCGCCAUGGCGCUGAGGAACAAGAGCUUCGGCUCGGCUCAGGAGUUCGUCUGGGCCCACGACUCGUCUCAAUACGCCACGAGGGAGAGCAGCAGCAUGAUCAAGAUAUUCAAGAACUUCAAAGAGAAGAAGGCUUUCAAACCCGACUUCGGGGCCGAAGGUGUGUUUGGAGGCUUCCUAUUGGGCGUGAGGUCAAACAGCGGCCUGGCCUUCUACGACUGGGAGAACGCCGACCUCGUCCGCCGCAUCGAGAUCCAGCCCAAACACGUCUUCUGGUCGGACUCCGGCGAGCUGGUGUGCAUCGGCACCGACGAGUCGUUCUUCGUGCUGCGCUACCUGCCGGAGCGCGUGGCGGCGGCCGCGGAGUCCAAGGAGGAGAUCACGGAGGACGGGAUCGAGGGCGCCUUCGAGGUGCUGGGCGAGGUCCCGGGGGUCGUGAAGACCGGCGUGUGGGUGGGAGACUGCUUCAUCUACACCAGCUCGCUCAACCGGCUCAACUACUACGUCGGCGGAGAGAUCAUCACCAUCGCUCACCUGGACAGGACGAUGUACCUGCUGGGCUACAUCCCCAAAGACGACCGUCUGUACCUGGGCGACAAGGAGCUGAACGUGGUCAGCUACUCGCUGCUGCUGUCGGUGCUGGAGUACCAGACGGCCGUCAUGAGGCGGGACUUCGGCACGGCCGACAAGGUGCUGCCCACCGUGCCCAAGGAGCAGAGGACCCGCGUCGCCAACUUCCUGGAGAAGCAGGGCUUCAGGGAGCAGGCGCUGGCCGUGUCCACCGACCCGGAGCACCGGUUCGAGCUGGCCCUGCAGCUGGGAGAGCUCACGCUGGCCCACGAGCUGGCCUCGGAGGCAGAGUCGGAGCACAAGUGGAAGCAGCUGGCCGAGCUCGCCACGGCCAAGUGCCGCUUCGGCCUGGCCCAGGAGUGCCUGCACCAGGCGCAGGACUACGGGGGGCUGCUGCUGCUCGCCACGGCCUCGGGGAACGCCGCCAUGGUGGACAAGCUGGCCGAGGGGGCGGAGCGCAGCGGCAAGACAAACGUGGCCUUCCUCACCUGCUUCCUGCAGGGAAGAAUGGACAAAUGUCUGCAGCUGCUCAUCGACACCAACCGGCUGCCCGAGGCCGCCUUCCUGGCACGGACGUACCUGCCCAGCCACGUGUCACGGGUGGUGAAGCUGUGGAAGGAGAGUCUGUCCAAGGUCAACCAGAAGGCGGCGGACGCGCUGGCCGACCCGUCCCAGUACAGCAACCUGUUCCCGGGCCUCCAGCAGGCCCUGCUGGCCGAGGACUACCUGAAGGAGACCCACGUCGGGGUCCGGCCCGCGGCGGAGUACCCGCUGGUCACGCCCAACGAGGCCCGUGACGUUCUGAAGGAGAGCGAGGGCUUUGAGGCCAGAGGAGAGCCCGCCGGGUCCGAGGGAGGGGGGGACGCCGUCAAUGAAGCCGUCACGGUGGCGGCGGAACCCAUUCUCCUAAAACAGGAGAUGGUUGAUCCUGUUGCAGAAGAAGAAGAAGAAGAGUCCAUCCCAAUGGAGGCCGCCGCCCCUCUGCCUGUCACAGUCACAGAGGAUUCUGCAUCUUUAGAGGAGGAGGAGGAGGAGGCGUUGAUCUCUGUAGAGGUCCCGGGCCUGAGCCCCGAGCCACUGGUUCCGCUCCAGGUGCCGGCGCCGGAACACACCGCAGCACUCCCGGUGGAGCCGGAGGACCACCCGAAGCCGGCAGUGGCUCUACAGGCGGAGCCAGAGGGGAGCACAGCGGGGGAGGAGGGGGCGGGACCUAAAGGGGCGGAGCAACCGGCAGAGGCUGUUGAGCACGAUGAGAUCCUGGAUGAUCUGGAUCUGGACAAUUUUGACCUGGAAGACAUCGACACCGCCGACAUCAACCUGGACGACGAGUUCAGUGACUAGGCCGCACGGUUCUGUUCAGUUCUUUUUUUUCCUCCAGUGACCAAAGAACUCAGUGUUUCCUCCGACCGCGAAAAGUGGUCCGAAGCAUCUUUCAGAUGAAAGCGUUUUGCUUUCUUGGUUCUAGGACGAAAUUGUUCAGAACCAACAACGCAGCCACGGCCUUAUUUACCCACGGGCCGCGUCCAGGCUGGAGUUCAACUUAAACGGGAACAAGAAAAGUGUGUGUUGGGGAACAUGGUGUGUGUACGCAGCAGCCUGCUGCUGGGACCUUUUUUCUUAACACUACAGAUUUGCUAUCGAAAAACAAAACAUUCACUAAUUUAAGUGUGUUUUUUAAAUAUAAACUCCAUAUUUCAGGGAUGCUUCUCGUCUCUAGGUGCUCCGGCAUGCUCCGAGACGCCGCUGUGGAUCAUGGUGUUCUCGAUUUAGUUUUGACAUUCCUGCAGAUACCAGCUGCCUCUAUCAUGAUUUUUUAUUAUAAAGGUUUGCAAUCAAAACGUUGCGCAACCCGUGAUGAUUUUAGACACAGUUACAUGCGAUGUCUUAAAAUACCUGUUUGAAUGUUUUGGUGCAUGUUAUGAACGCGUGUGGAAAAACAAGUGCCUUACAUUGUGUGUUAAAGGAGAACUGGUACUGUGUGUAGAGGGGGGGGGGGAGGGGUUAAAAGCUUCAAUCAAUAAAGUCAUCCAUGAUAGAGAAAGUUCUUUUUUACAAGUACAAAGAUGUUUAUUGUGGUAUGUACAUCAAUCCUUUGACUCUGAGGUUCAAAUUAAAUACAGACAAUAUCAGA